GAUUCCUCCGUCUCCAUGGAAACCGCCACAGUGUUGUCGCUUCUGUUCCAAGAUGGCGGACGAGGAGAAGAGCGCGGCGCCUCCUGUUACUGCUGAGCCGAAGAAAAGGCGUGCACCAAAAGCCCCAGAGCUGCCCAUUGUGGAGAGGAGGAACUGGCUUAUCCAUCAACAUUACAUCCGCAAGGAUUAUGAGACUUGUAAGACCAUUAUCAAAGAGCAACUACAAGAAACCAAUGGAAUGUGUGAAUAUGCCAUCUAUGUACAAGCCCUAAUCUUGCGUCUGGAGGGGAAGAUCCAACAGUCCCUGGAGCUGUUUCAGAGCUGUGCCAUCCUUAAUCCUGCCAGCGCUGACAACCUCAAGCAAGUGGCCCGGUCGCUAUUUCUCCUGGGAAAACACAAAGCAGCCAUUGAGUUCUACCAUGAAGCGGCCAAGCUCAACGAUAAAGACUGGGAGAUCUGCCAUAAUCUUGGAUUGUGUUACUUCUUCAUAAAAGACCUCAAACAUGCUGAGGAGCAUCUAAACGCAGCUUUGCAGUUGAACAAACAUGACCGUUCCUUCAUGAUGCUGGGGAAAGUCCACCUGCAGGCUGGAGACACAGACAAAGCCAUCGAGGUGUACAAGAGAGCUGUGGAAUUUUCACCGGAGAACACAGAACUGCUGACUACACUUGGGCUGAUGUAUUUACAGCUUGGAAAAUACCAGAAGGCAUUUGAACAUCUGGGCAAUGCCCUCACUUUUGAUCCCAGCAAUUAUAAGGCCAUCCUGGCAGCGGGCAGUAUGAUGCAGACCCACGGGGACUUUGACGUGGCUAUGAACAAAUACCGUGUGGCGGCCAGCGCGGUUCCAGAAAGCCCCCCUCUGUGGAACAACAUCGGCAUGUGCUUCUUUGGCAAAAAGAAAUAUGUGGCUGCCAUCAGCUGCCUAAAAAGGGCGCACUACCUCUCUCCGUUUGACUGGAAGGUGUUGUAUAACCUGGGUCUGGUGCACCUGACCAUGCAGCAGUACGCCUCCGCCUUCCACUUCCUCAGUGCAGCCAUCAACCUGCACCCUCGCAUGGGCGACCUCUACAUGCUGCUGGCAGUGGCUUUGACAAACCUAGAGGACCAGGAGAACGCCACCAGAGCUUAUGAACAGGCUGUGACACUAGACCAAUCUAAUCCGAUGGUCAACUUGAACUUUGCCAUCUUCCUGUACAACCACGGGGACAAGAAGGGCGCGCUGGAGCAGUACCAGGAAAUGGAGCGCAAAGUCAACGUGCUCCGAGACAGCAGCACCAGCCUGGAGUUUGACCCUGAGCUGAUAGAUAUGGCACAGAAGAUGGGUGCUGCGCUGCAGGUGACAGAUACUGUGGUGUGGAGCAAACCCUCCAAAGAGUCCAAGUCCAAAGGAGGCUCCUCGACAGCCUCUAAGACCAGCGGAGCAGCUCUGGGCACCAACCAGGCUCUGGGGCAGGCCAUGUCCUCUGCAGCUAGCUACAACAAGAGCCUGCACAUGCAAGCAGUGGUGUCUAAAGGGCCCUCACUGCCCCGGGACACAGAGGCUGAAGCAGCCCCCAGCUCCCCCUCAGAUCCCCCCUCGGAGCUCCCCUCAGACCCUCCUGGAUCCCCUGAACCUGUGGACCCCGAUAACCCCAAAGCCAAGAGCUCCAGGAGGAAAGCCAAAGCAGAAAGUGCAAACUAGUGUCAACACAUAGAGAUAGCCUGUGCAGAUAUUCAGGCUUGUAUUGACAAUGUAAUACUGAAUUGUUGACUCUUUUUCACUUCAACAAAAGAAUAUCCAGUUAAAAUUACUUGAAAUCAAAUGCUCUACCACUGAGCCACUGCCCCUUUUUUCUCCAAAUGAUCUAAUAUUGUCCUGCUUUCUUUGUGGCAAAUAGUCAAACUUGACAUAAGGAAAACAUAUUGAAACUAGUAAAGUAUUGUUUAAAGAGGGGGUAUUAUACACAUCAACGUUUUGAGCUUGUUAUAAUGUUAUAAUGUUAUUCCCUCAUCAAAAACAUGCAUGAAAUGAUUCAGCCACAACAUAGAUGCAUGUUUGAGCAAUCUAGCGAUCUCUCCCGGGCCCCUGUGGAACCCUCCUUACAGUUAUCAGUACAAGCCUAUCCAAAGUUCAGCCCAAAAGCCGCUUCCACUGCAUACACUACAAAUUCACAAACAUGUGUGAUGUGCAGUAGUUUUGUUAGCAGAAUGCACGCUGAUUGUGUUGUGAUAGUCACUGAACAAAAUUGAAACUAAUUAAACAUUUUAGUAUGCUUUCAGCGAACAGCAAUUGCAUU